AUGUACAAUCGUUCUUUUGCAAUGCAUUUGGCAAGUGCUUUUGCUGUUCUCUUAAUCUUUGCUGCCCUAACAGAUGGACAUCCGAUGAGGCCUAACUUUCGUUAUUCCAAAAAACAACGAGAUGAAUUCAAAAGAGCAAGAGUAGAAAUGGAUAACUCUAAAAAUGAAAUUAAACGUUUAACACAUUUGCAUCGUCAACAUACAGAGGCAAUAGAAGCAUCAAAGAAGGCUGAAGUGCAUUUUGGUCAUUCGAAUCAUAAGGAAUGGACGAAUAAAUACGCACAACUUCAACGGGCAGAGACCAAUAUAGGCAGACAUGAAAGGAUGGCAAACAUCUUAGAAGAACAUCAUAAUCCAAUCAGUCAAGCUUUGAGGGAAAGGGCCGACAAAUUGAAACAGAUGCCUCCACAGAUUCAGAAUGAAAUGGCAAUGCUUAAAAAGCAUAGCAAGCACAAUCCCGAACUAGAAGAUACUCAUUACUUUGAAGAUCAACGAAAACGUCGAAAAUAUGAUGAAGAUAUUACCCGGCAUUCUGAUCGCUCUUUAAAAAAUGCUGGUUAUCUUUUAGAUCAUAAUCAGCCUUAUCACUAG